AUGGAGCGCACCGCGGCCCUCGAGUCGUGGGUGAAGACGCUCGCGGUCGACAAGAGCGUGCGCGGGAUGAAGACGGAGGGCGUCCUCGCGUCCGGCGGCGCGCCCGCGGCCGCGCUGAUCGCGCGCGUGGCGCGGGCCAUCGUCGAGGAGGACGGGGGCCACGCGUCGCCGAAGGCGUGCGCGGCGGGCGACGAGUGGGGCCAGGCGCGGUCGCUCGCGCGCAAGUUCAGCGAGGCCGCCUACGAGCGGUGGCCGGCGAGCAAGUCGCCGAGCGGCGCCGAGGCGUCGGCGGCCGUCGAGAUCCUGCUCUACUGCGCCGCGUGCUGCGACAAGUCGUCGAAGCGCGGCGCGUACAUCCAGCGGAUCCUCCGGCUCCCGCAGCAGCAGCAGCAGCAGCUCAUGGGCGCCAUGAAGGCGCAGAUGGCCGCGGAGCGCGAGGCGCAGUCCGCGGGCAAGAGCCCGCCGCGCAAGUCGCCCGCGCGCGCGAAGGCGUCGCCGCGGGAGCGGACGCCGAAGCGGCUCUUCUCGACGCAGCGGUCGCCGGCGGGCGCCGCGGAGGCGACCAAGGCCCUCGAGGCGCAGCUCGAGGCCGAGCGCGAGGCCGCGGCCGCCGCGCGCGCCGAGGCCAAGGCCCACGCGGAGGACGUCGCGGAGCUGCGCGCGCGGCUCGCGCGCCACGAGGCGGACCGCGACGCGGAGCGCGAGCGCGCGCUCGCGGCGGAGAUGAAGGUCGUCGACUACGAGCGCGGCGCGGCGGCCGGGGACGCCGCGUCCGCGGCGGCGGCGCGCGGCGAGGCCGCGGCCCUCGAGAAGCGCGCCGCGCGCGCGGAGGCGCGCGCGGAGACCGCGGAGGCGCGCCUCCGCGAGUGCGACGACGAGCUCGACGUGCUCCGGCCGCUCCGCGAGCGCGCGGACGGCGCGGAGCGCCAGCUCGCGGCGACGCGCGACAAGCUCGAGAAGAGCGGCGACCUGCGCCAGCAGCUCCGGCGCGCGGAGGCGGACUGCGAGGACGCGACGCGGCGCGCGCUCCGCGCCGAGGACGCGGCGCGCGACGCCGCGGCGACGAAAAGCGACCUCGACCGCGCGUCGCGGGAGCUCGCCGAGGCCGAGGUCGCGAAACGCGAGGCCGAGGCCGAGCGCGACGCCUUCGGCGCGGAGCGCGCCGAGCUCGCGGCGCGGCACCAGAAGGCGACCGCGGACGCCGCGGAGCUCCGCGCCCAACUCGCCGCGGCCGAGGCGGACGCGGCGGCCAAGGCCGAGCUCCUCGCCGAGGCCGGCGAGGGCCUGGACCUGCCGGCGACGCGCGCCGAGGUCGAGGGCCUCCGCCACGCGAACGCGGACCUCGAGCGGCGCCUCGCGGCGGCCGCGCCCGACGUCGCCGCGCGGCUCGAGGGCGAGCGCGACGACGCCGUGCGCCUCGGCGAGGCCUACGAGCGGUCGCUCCAGAAGGCCAAGGGCGAGAUCGCCAAGCUCAAGGGCGGCCUCGACGCCGCCGCGGAGCGCGGCGAGGGCCUCGAGGCCGCGCUCGCGGACGCGCGCGACGCCGCGGCCGCGCUCGAGGCCGGCGCCGAGGCCGACUCGCAGGCGCGCCACGACGCGGACCUCGCCGCGGCCAAGGACGCGGCGGAGCUCGAGGCCGGCGCCGCGCGCGCGGCCGCGGACGAGCUCAACGACGCGCUCGUGGCGUCGCACGAGGCCGCGGUCAAGGACCUCGAGGCGAAGCACGCGGACCGCCUCGGCGAGGCCGUCGACGAGGCCGCGCGCCGCGAGCUCGAGGAGCUCGCGCGCGCGACGGAGGCCGCGGACCGCGAGAAGAGCGCGGCCGUCGAGGCCGCGGAGGCCGCCAAGGCCGACGCGCUCGCCGCGGCCGCCUGGGACGCCAAGCUCGUGCGCGACGACGCCGUCGACGCCGCGGCGGCCUGCGCGCGGGCCCGCGAGGCCGACGUCGUCGCCGACUGGCGCCGCCGCGCCGCCGCGGCGUCGGACGCCGCGGACGCGGACCGCGGCGCGCUCGAGGCCGCGCUCGAGGCCGCGCGCGACGCGCUCCGCGACGCGCGCGCGACGGCGGCGACGGAGGCCGCGGACCUGCAGCGCCGGUACCGCGAGACCGUCGCCGAGCGCGUCGAGGCCGCGGCGGAGGACGCGCGCGCGGCGCGCGACGCGCUCGCGGCGGACCUCGAGGAGCGCCACGCCGCGGACGCGAAGCGCCGGCUCCGCGCGCUCGAGCUCGACCUCGAGCGCGCCAAGGACCGGGCGCUCGAGGAGGCCGGCGCGGAGCGCGACGCGCGCCACGCCCAGGCGCUCGCGGCGCUCCGCGCGGAGCGCGACGCCGCGGCGGAGGGCGUCGCGGCCGCGCACGCGGCGACGGUCGAGGCGCAGGCGGCGCAGCUCGGCCUCGAGCGCGACCGCGCCGCCCUCGAGUCGCUCGCGUCGGCCCACGCGGGCGCCCUCGCGGCCAUCGCGUCGGACCACGAGGCCGCGCUCGAGCAGGCCGUCAUGCGCGAGCGCCUCGCGGCGGCCGACGACGUCGCCAAGGCGCAGCGCGCGGGCGCCGAGGGCCUCGCGGCCCAGCUCGAGCUCCAGGCGGCCAAGUUCGACGGCGAGCUCGCGGACCGCGAGGCCGACUGGCGCCGCGACGCGGACGCGCGCGUCGCCGCGGCCGAGGCGUCGGCCGCGCGCGACCGCGACGCGCUCGAGCGCGACCUCGCGGAGCGGAGCGCCGAGGCCGCGCGGGGCGACGCGGCGGCGCGCGAGGUCGAGCGCCAGGCGGCGCUCCUCGAGGAGCGGUCCGCGCUCGAGGCCGCGCUCGAGGCCGCGCGCGCGCGCGACGUCGAGUCCGCGCGCGCGGCGCUCGACGCGGCGCUCGCCGACGCCGCGGACCGCGAGCGGCGCGCCGUCGGGUCCGCCGCCGCCGAGGCCGCCGAGGCCUGGGUGGCGGAGAAGGCCGCGCUCGCCGCGGCCGUCGACGACGAGAAGGCCGCGAGCCGCGCGGCGAUGUCGACGCUCGAGUCGCAGAUCGCCUACGGCAAGCAGUACCUCAAGCAGAAGGACAUGCAGCUCAACGCGGCGACGGCCCAGAUCAACAAGCUCGAGCGCGAGAAGAAGUUCCUCCAGGCGAGCCGCGACUCGCCGGGCGGCGGCGGCGACCGGUCGAACAAGACGCUCGAGGCCGCGUUCGAGAAGCUCCGCAAGGAGUACGAGGGCCUGAGCCGGACCCUCAACGGCAAGCUCGCCGAGGAGGCCGCGGCCGCGGGCCUCGCCGACCACGACCAGCUCCGGCUCUACGCGUCCAAGGUCCAGAGCCUCGAGGCGCGGCUCCAGGAGAAGACGAUGGCCGCGGCCGUCUCCGAGCGCGACGCGCACGACGCCAAGUGCGCCGUCGACAAGCUCAAGGUCGAGCUCACGGACGCCAAGUUCGACAUCACGCGCCUCGAGGCCUCCGUCGCGCGCGCGGAGCUCGGCCGGACGCCGUACGUCGCGUCCGCGCGCAAGCCCCGGUCGCCCGCGCCGCCGCCGUCGACGCCCGUCUCCGAGCACGGCUUCGCGCUCCACGACGACGAGGCCGCGGACCUCACCGUGACCCUCGACACCUACGUGCCGCCGCCCAAGAUGGGGCCCACCGUCCAGGAGCAGCUCGCCGCGCUCCGCGCGGAGCGCGACGCGAACAACGCCGCGCUCGCCGCGCCGAGCCCCGAGCCGGCGAAGCGGCCCCUCACGCGCGCCCAGCGCGCCGCGGCCGCGGCGAGGAAGUCCCCCGCCGUCGCGCGGAAGGUCUCCUUCGCCGGCGUCGCGGCCAAGGAGAACCAGGCCGCCUGA